UUGAGUCUUGAAUAAUAAAACAUGAGCUGUCACUCCUAUUUGUUUGUUGGUUACUUCUUCAUUUUUAACGCCAGGUCUAUUUGGGAGCUCUCUUUACUGUACGUCUGUUCUCUGCUUAAAGAACGACAGCAACGUAAGUCACAUCAUAUUUUACUGCAUCAACCUGUAAACACAACUGUUAGAAUGUAAGCAGUAAUUACUGUAAUUCUGUAGGAACUAUUUAGUAUCAUGUCGACCUUAAUGAGCUGAAUUACAAACAUGUUACAGUGAAUGUGUGAAACGUUCCAUGUAAUUGUUUCUGCUCGUCCUAAAGUGAGAUGGCUGCAGCUCUGAUCCUCCUUUUCGCUGUCUGUCUCCUGCCAGGUUCUUUGUGUAGAGAGUUUAAGGUCAUUCUGUCGCAGACGAUUGAAGUUCUCAGCGGAUCUUGUGUGACCGUUCCGUGCUCCUUUGACAUAAAAGGGGAUCAUGAUAAAGAAUUAGAUAACACAUGUACGGCAAAAUGGUUUAUUAUUAAAGAAACUGGGUUUGAUAGUAAAACUGCAACUCCAGAGGAAGAAAAACUCUUAGGAAACUUGACUAACAAAGACUGCACCACAACCUUGAAUAUGACACCAUUUGAUAACUCAACAUAUGAGUUUAGACUGGAAUGUCUGAGUCUCAAUUAUUCAUUUACUGAACCAACUGUGACUAUUGUAGUCAAAGGUAAGUUUCGAUGCGUCCCACCAGCUGAUCCUCCACGUCCGACUCUCAGUCCAUCUACACUGGAGGUGAGAGCAGGAGCCUCAGUGACUCUGAGCUGCUCGGCUCCAGCUCCCUGUCUGUCUCUACCUCCACAUAUAACGUGGACCUCUGGCCUCGGGGACAGUCAGGAGACAAUGAAGGAGCUGGAGGACAAAACUCAGGUCAAGACGUCUGUACUGAACGUCACCAUUUCACGCCUGCAUCACAAAAAGGAAAUCUCCUGUACGGCCGCCUACAGCAAAGGAAAUGGAGACACAGCGUCAGCAGUGUCAACUUUAACAGCUGUGGUUUCAUUUCCUCCACAGAUCCUGCACUCAUCUAUUUGCACCACAACUCCAUCAGAGGUCACCUGCUCCUGUGAGACUGAGGGCAACCCUCUCCCCACGGUUUACUGGUAUCUGAAUGGAACAUGUCUCAGUCACUCUGACACAUUUACAAUAAGCACAGAGGCUCAUGGUGAUACAAUCCUGAAGAGCAUCAUCACUUUAAGUCAGUCGGACAUGAAGCAUCGUUCCAUCUUGGUCUGCAACAGCUCCAACUCUCUAUCCUCCAUAAGCCAAGAAAUAAAUAACAACAGACACAAACAGCAAGGUCCUGCGACAUUGACAGUCAUCAUAUUAGUUGGUUUAUUAUUAGUAAUAUGUGCUUUGCUUGUGAUCAUUGGCAUCAGGACGAAGGCUGCUCACUGCUCCUCACCUAAGAGGCAGAGCACCGGAGGCACCAGCUCAGCUGCUCUCAGCCACUUUGAGUCAAGCACAGAAGCAAAUGAGCUAAACAUCACAGAAGAGGAGGCAGUUUAUAUGAACAUCAUCCAGAUCAGACAAGCAGACGUUCUCCUUCCUACAAGUGGUGGAGACGGGGCUGUGAUUUACUCCACUGUGAUGGUGAAGAGCAAACGCAAUAAGCAGCAGCAGCAGCAGCAGCAGCAGCAUGAAGACGGGAAUGCUGUGAUUUACUCCACUGUGAUGCUGUGAGGCGACUCUACAGACCUGCGUCUGACCAGCAGCUCAUACGCACUGGGAAUGGAUGCAGAAACUGAACCAUGAACGGUGGAAAACAAAGAAGAAUGUGAAUAUUCUCAAUUUAAAGCCAUGAGUACUGUGAUCCUUCAUCUGUAAUUACUGCUAGAUCUGCUGUGUCUGGGAAAUAAAUAAAUAAAUAAUAAAUAAUAAUAAAUAAAUCCGUGCUGAAAGUACAACUUCUAAU